UUACCUUCCUCCUCGUGUAUAUGCGGGGAUUUCACCAACACAUUUACGCUUCCGUAAUACGCUGCUAGAAACGUUGUGAAUCCGCCAUAUUGACAUUUUAGCUGCUCUACAGAGCUGUGCUGAUUUAGCGUCGAAGUCGCAGCUAUUCGGAAAAUCGACGUUAUCGACGUAUAGCAUCAUAUAUCAUCAGGACAGAGUACGAAUCAGAUUGAGUCGUGCUUAAUCAACACCAGAACCGUCAGCGAACAAGCAGCCGUCGAUCAGACCCUCCUCUCAUUCCAUGCGGAACAGAAAGGGAUGAUAAUCCGUUGCUACGAUACAACUUAUUAGACGAAUAGCAGAGAUACCACUCAAAGAAAAGCACCUCAUCAAUCAUCAAUCAACAAUAAGCGGCAAACGCGUGUUUUCCCAAGCUUUCCUGUCUUUGGUGUAUUCGGAUUCGCAUAACACAGCCUCAGAAGCCGCAGACGACCAACAGUUGUGAUACACUUCUAAAGCAAACACGGUGUGUUGCAAGAUACUCACAAACUAGAUAUAAUGAAUGAUUUCAUCGUCGGCGGUAAAUACCGCAUAAUCCGCAAGAUCGGAUCGGGAUCAUUUGGCGAUAUUUACCUCGGUAUCAACAUAACAAAUGGCGAAGAGGUAGCACUGAAGGUGGAAAGCAUACUCGCGCGGCAUCCGCAACUGACGUACGAGUAUAAGCUGUACAAAGUGCUGACAGGUGGUGUCGGAAUCCCUCACAUACGCUACUUUGGCCAGGAAAGAAGUUAUCAUGUGCUAGUGAUGGACUUGCUGGGACCUUCACUGGAAGAUCUGUUCAAUUUUUGCAGCCGCCAUUUCACAAUUAAAACCGUACUAAUGCUGGUGGAUCAGAUGAUUGGUCGUCUCGAAUUCUUGCAUAUGAAAAACUUUAUCCAUCGUGACAUCAAGCCAGAUAACUUCCUCAUGGGUAUCGGACGUCACUGCAACAAAUUGUUUUUGAUCGACUUUGGCCUGGCUAAAAAGUAUCGCGAUUUUCGCUCACGUAUACAUAUCGGUUACCGGGAGGACAAGAACCUGACUGGAACGGCACGCUACGCUUCGAUUAACGCCCAUUUGGGCAUCGAGCAGAGUCGCCGCGAUGACAUGGAGUCCCUCGGUUAUGUGAUGAUGUACUUUAACCGCGGUUCGCUACCCUGGCAGGGGUUGAAGGCGACGAACAAAAAACAAAAAUAUGAGAAAAUAUCUGAGAAAAAGAUGUCGACACCGAUUGAAGUACUUUGCAAAGGAUUCCCUGCCGAAUUCGCAAUGUAUUUAAAUUACUGUCGCAGUUUGCGGUUCGAAGAAGGGCCUGAUUAUAUGUAUCUUCGCCAGCUUUUCAGAAUUCUAUUCCGUACCCUUAAUCACCAGUAUGAUUACACGUUCGAUUGGACCAUCAUGAAACAGCGAGCGAUGCAACAGAGCACCAACCCGCCAGCAGUUACAUCUGGCGAGAGUAAAAGAGAGGAACGACGUGAUAAGGAUAAGCUGUCCAGCGAUACGGAUGAAUAGAGUAUUCAAAUGGCGUUUACACUAAAAUCUAAAAAAAACACUUGGUGAUGACAACUUCAUUAGAGAAGAGGGACAGGGAUAUAGAAAGAUGCGAAUUCAAUGACAGCAAGAACAGACAACUUAUAGUGGAGCUGAUUGGUAAACAAUAAUACGCAAAACGAAUCGUGAGAUAAGCAGGUGAAAAAUAGAUCUAUAAGUAGACACUUAAAGUAACUUCCUGUAGGUAUGAGAUGUCCUUCAUUAAGCAUCAACGUGUUUGAAACGGUUUGCCUAGUCGCCAGAUGUUGAAGCUGCUGUUAUAUUAAACAAACAAGACUAGCACCCGGUCUUCUUUAGCGACUCUGUCUGGCGUGCUAGUUUAACAUUUUAACUUGAAUUGAACAGUUAGACCGAUUAAGGCGGUUAAAGUAUAUUUCGAUUUAUUGUGUCUUUCACUGAUCAGUUAUAAAUAAUUUCGACGGUCAAAACGAUAGAAAAAAUUGGCCUUCAAGGCGAAGCAUAAACGGUCAUUACACAUCUAUAUUGUUUGCGAAGAUAAGGGCAUAUACUAUUCAUGAUAGCCAACUUAACUGCUCCCGUCGAUACUUCCGCAUGUUUGUUUCGAAUGCCUGCAAAGUUUAUACAAUAUUGUUCCAAUAUGAUCCACCACAACAACUAUAAAAUGGAAUACAACUUGCGAACUGGCAUUACUAGUAUUAGCUAAUGUUCUGUAAAACAGCGACCAGACGACACAUAAAGUAUUCGCGUAUAGUUUUGCUCAGAUUGAUUGACGUGCAUUUCAGUUAUCGCGAUAAUUUUUUGGCGGAUUUGUAUGGGAAGACGUUUAAUUUAGAAGUUCUCGUCGAGAAGUUCUCCAACAUUCGUCGUCAUGUAGACGCCGCUUAAUACCACGCAGCGACACGUAUGUAUGCAGCAUGUGUACACGUGCUCUGGCGUCUGCUGGAUUAAUGAAUAUCAAAUCAACUACAGUUUUUACUUAGCAACCUUACUUUCGUUGCAAUCACUGCAGAUCCGAUCAAUGAUUAACAAUUGUAUAGACUAAGGCUCUUUCUACAUUGCAUGAAAAGUUUGCACGUCGCAUGCUAACGUUUGCAUUUAAAAAAAAGAGACAAAAUUUGAAUGAUGGUAAGAAAAAAAACUAAGACAGAUAAUUGAGAUCUGUAAACUGUAUUUAGUAGUAAAAUUUAUCAGUUUACUUGCAAAAAAAAUUGAAACCUCUAUCAGUUGAACUUUAAAAGUGAUGGCGAAAAUAGUGAAGCUAUUCCGUUCCGACAUUUGCCGAAUUCAAGAUGGGUAGUCCACCGCGCCGGAAAUGGGCAUCAUAGGGAACUUUGUAGAUGCCGGGGACUUCUGUUUUUGGCACCUACCUAUAAUGGACAACAGUUAGAGCAUCGAGAGAUGGCUCGGUUCCGUAUGGCCGAUGCUAUGUGCGCCAAGAAGCUUCAAAGGAUGCUGAAGAAGAAGAUCGACAGAAAAAUGGCUACCCCGCUGCGUGCGAUUGUCCGGUAGGUCGGUACAACUAACCAAAAAAUGCAGAAGUACCCGACGAACAUAGACAUACAUUUCAGGAAGCGGGAAUACCGUUCCCUGGCGGGAUCUGGCCGGAUCUGGUACUCGAAGCGAUCGUUAGAAGAGUUGGUGUGGUUAAUAUCGAUAUGGUACCAAAGUCGAUGAACCCGCCCAACGUCCACCAACUGCAUCCCAUCGAAAAAUUCGGUCGAAACCUAAAUCGUAGCAUGUAUUGCAACAACUGUGUGGCGAAAACGGUGAAGGAAUUGGCCGAAAAAGCACAAAAAUAUCUGAAAAACAAGUUUGCAAACGUGUUUUCGACCUUCAUGUCGAAAAAUCCAGCUAAUUACGGGAAGGGUGCUCGGAAUGGCGCAAUCAGAAUUUUGUGUAAAAGGUGAUAAAAUUACCUUCCAAAUGCAGUUUACAGAUCUCAAUUAUCGGUUUUAGUUUUUUUUUCUUAUCACCAUUCAAAUUUUGUCUCUUUUUUUAAUGCAAACGUUAAGUCCAAAUGGCUAGGACACAAUCGUGCGACAAUUGUAGAAACAACCUAAGAUCAUUUUUGUUAACGUAAGUUCAGACCAUAAGCAGAAUUUUUGAAAUAGACCAACCUCGCUACCGCCUUCCGCUGCUUACUCCUUAGUCAGCUCCUCUCCUUGGAUCUCCUUGGGUCUCAGCAACACCAACACCAUUGGAGUCUUCGUUUUUACAUAUACGAGAACGGGCGAGUCGUAUGUUUGGAGUCUUUUAUGUUUUACCAAGAUUUUUUUCGGAAUGCUCCGGUAUAUUCCGGUUGAAAUUUUCAAUAGCAUUGUACCGUUUCGAAAGCAAUGGAAGGAAGCAAGAUAAAUAUAAUUUAAGAAAACUACAACUCUCAAUUGGCCGCAACUAAAAUCGUUCGUAUCCAAUUUCUCUUGAUUACAUGUUAGUUUGGCUGGAAAUCAACCGGUUGAACAACAGAUAUCUAAAAUGAUUCGAGCAGGUAUGCUCAACGCAGGCCUGCAUAAGGAAAAUGCCUACCGCUGGAGUCGUAUAAAUGUGAGGCAUGCAGUAGCAAGUAAAAGAACAACCUAGUUUUUUUACUUUAGGCAUAUAUUCGACUGACGCCACUCACGUCAUUGGUAAACAGUUGAUACAAAGGCUAACGACACGUAAAAGGAAAACGAGGAACAGGAAACAGUAAGAAAUACAGUUUAACGCAAUGUAGUAAAAGCAAAUGAAUCGAUAAACAAAUAUAUUCUGGAUAAACACACUCUUCAUGCAAAGCUCCGAUGAAGGCUCGAGUAGAUAUGCAGAUCGUGUUAGUAGUUCUUUGCAAUAAUGGAAAAAAUGAAAAACUAAGUCCCGCUAAUUAUGAUCCUUUUAACUGCAAGAUGGUUUUUGGGUAAGUACAUCUAGUUUGGAUUUUUGUUUAUUUUGUUUGACACUCCUUGCUGACCCUUUGCGCAACGUAGCAAACCCAUGUUCAGUCUUGCUUGGUCAGUUCAGAUUUGCUGUACGAAAUUACACCAAUGAGAAAUAAAUUAUCAGAAAUUAUAUAUUGCAGGAAAACAAAGGAUAACAA